GGGGGCGGGCCUGCCAUCGGGCUUCUUUCAUCCUGCACCGCUGGCUGGGCGGGGGGUGCUGAAGAAGCCCGAGGAGGGGGCGGAGCGGACCAGACCGAGGGAAGGGGAGCAAGGGGGGGAGGGGAAGGCGAGGCCGAGGGACGGAAGUAAAGGAAGGCAGCAAGGAAGGAAGGAAGGAAGGAAGGCAGCGAGUCAGACUCGAGGAGGGGAUGGGGGGCCGGGCCAGAGAUUGAGAUUUGGUCGCGAUUCAGCUUGCGGAUGGCAAAUUUGUCUUGAGAUGUAAGUGAUUGGCGGAUCCAGGGUUUUCGAUCGACGGUUUCGCUCGGGUUUUCGGACGAGAAGCCCAGCGAGCGAGCGGUUCCAGUUCGGUGCUGUUCCUCGGCAGCAACGAGAAGAGAAGACACGAGACGAGAAGAGAGCAGAGCAGAGGAGAGGAGAGGAGAGAAGGCGAGACAGGGAGGAAGAAGAGGAGGAGGAGGAGGAAGAAGGUGGUGGUGGAAAGCGAGCACGGGGAUUUCUGUUAUGGGACGAGUGGGGAGGGAUGGGGAAAUUCUGGAGAGAAGAGCAGGGGAAGGAGGGGAUAAGGUGUACCAGCGGAGGGAAGGGGCGGUUUUUGGCAGCUCCGAGACUCGAUGAUUCGGCCUUGCUUAGGGGGUCGUAUUGAUUGGAGUUGAGGUUUGUGUUCGCUUGUGGUUUGGUCCGACUUUGACAUAGACAGUGGCACGGGCAAUUGGUGAAGUGAGGGGAAUGCGCACUGGCAUGUAAUUUUCUUGGCUCGUCUCUCACUGCCUUGGAUCCAUUCAACGCUUCCGUGUGGCCAGUCAUCUUCAUCAUCAUCACCAUCACCGCCCUCUUGAUCAUCGUCAGCGUGCCCCAACAGAACAUCGUGCCUCAACUCCUCCACUCCUCCACUCCUUGUGCUCCGUCGUCUUCUUCCCGGCUCUGUUCCGAGCAAUCGCCCAGCGUCCAGCCGGACUCGGCCUCGGGCUCGGACUCGGGCCGACUGGCCUCGGCGGAGCAAGCAAUCCUUGCCCAGCCAUACGGACAGCUGACUGCGAAUUAUGCCUUUUCCGCUUCCGUCUUGUCCCUGGCCAUUCCGUCCCUCGUUUCCGCCAUCGUGCUGCAUUCUGCACACCGACCUCUGCUCUCAUGUGAAUCAAGCGGGAUCUCCCGGUUGUGCCUGCGCGAAGUGCUAGCGGUUCUCGCCCGCGGACUUGUGCUCGGAGCCAUUUUUCCCCAUAGAGGUCGGGUCGGGUCGAGGUGCGGAAAUGCCCUAAUCUUUCACGCACAUUGCUCGUCUGGUCCGCGCUGGGAAUCUCCGGGUGGGUGGGCUCGUAAUCUAGCCUAUCUUGUUGUCAUCUGUGGUGGUCCAUCGAGGUAGAGUCGUGGGAGCACGCCGCACCAUCCCCUCCGAGUCCGAGGCCGGGCCCAGAGUCCGACUGCCGGCUCGUGGUCUGGCUCGUGGUAGAUCAUCCCUGUGCUGCAUCAGGCUGAUGGGAACUCCAGAAUAGAUUAGGUCAACUGCCGCAGCGAAACGAACGUCGAAAAAUUUCUCUCGUGACAUAGCCCAUAUAGAAUGGAGGUGGUGUCAAACGCUGUGCCACCCCAACAGCUGCAACCGUCGCCGCAGCAACUGAUUCUCUCGGACCCGCCUGCGGACGAAUCCGAGAUUAAGACCCCGAAGAAAAGAGCAGAAACAUGGGUGCAGGACGAGAUCAAAGCUCUGAUUGCACUGCGGAAAGAAAUGGACACCUUGUUUAAUACCUCAAAGUCGAACAAACAUCUGUGGGAGCAGAUAUCCACGAAGAUGAAAGAACGAGGAUACGAGAGAUCCGCCACAAUGUGCACUGACAAAUGGAGGAAUUUGCUCAAGGAGUAUAAGAAAGCCAAGCACCAAGAUAGGGGAGGAUCAGCCAAGGUUGCAUGUUACAAGGAUCUUGAGGAACUCUUGGGUGACAGGGCCAAAGCGCAAAUUCCUCUCAAGAGUCCUCCGCCGCUCAAUAAGCUCGAACCGAUUGCAUCGCCAGGAAAAGUACCCAUCAGGGCUGCACUCAAUCUCGAGCGUCGACUGGACCAUGAUGGUCACCCGGCAGCUAUUCCUUCCACCGAUGGGAUGGUACAUACUAGCAUGGUGGUAGCUAAUGGGAUCACUCCACCGCAGCAGUAUUGGAGGGAUGCGAAUGCUAAUGGCGGAGAGCGUCGACCAGCAGCUCCAGCAGGAGGCAAGGUCAUAGUUGUCAAGUGUGGAGAUGUGGUACGGCGAGUCCGGAUCGAUGGGCCAUUUGAAUCCAUAAAAGAAUCGCUGAAGACUGCAUUUGGUCUGCGCUCCAAGCGAGCUUUCUGGCUGGAGGAUGACGAAGGUGUAGUGCAGACGCUCAGCAGAGAUAUGCCCCCAGGGGAGUACACCCUGAACCUGGAUCCAGGAAUUACUGUCAAAAUAUGUGUCUACGAUACAUCGGAUCGCUUGACAGGUAGCACCGAGAGCAAGACUCUAUACACUGAAGAAGAAUUUCGUGAGUUUCUAACUCGGCGAGGGUGGUCAGGAUUGCGGGAAGUUGGAGGCUUCAGGGAUAUUGACAGUUUAGAGGAACUCCGCACUGGUGCAGUCUACCAACGAGCCGGAGUUAUAGGUGCCUAGUGCAGUAAUUUUUGAUUCUACGAGGUCGGUUGGACGCAGAUAUGUCACACCUUUUAGUUUAGCUUGGAAAGUUGAGUUACGGCCGGUCAAAGUUACCGCCUGCGGCGUCGUCUUUUGUGAUGCACAUUGUACACUAGUUAGUGUUGAGGUUCUUCACGGGAUGGAGGGAGGGCCACCACCCAUUGAGAAAACUGUGGGCAUUGACUCACAUCCCGGGUUUGCCAUGUAACAACAAAUUUUAGGUUUGUUACGGUCAAAGUAAAAGACGAUUUUGGCAGAUUAAUUGUCGGUGAGGAUUGAUCAUUCCGUCUAUGCUUAAUGGACCCACUCGAAAGAGUGAUCUCGUAUGCAGAAGUUGAACGAUGAGCACUCGGCGGGUGGUUAGUCCAAACUUUUAUCUGGUAUCUAGAAAUUUUAGAUACCGAUUGUUGCAUAAACCUAGUCUCCUGUAUCCUGGGGGUGUAAUGUCGCAAAGUUUUUUCCUUUUAUGUAGAGGCCGUAAGUCCUUCUGGGAUGUCCUGAAGACUUGUGUAAAAACUUAGCUAGGAACCUGUUCUCUGAGUAUCUAUGCAACCAGAAACCUUGUAGAUCAGUUCUUUUCUUCUGAAAGUAAGUAGUCAACAGCACUGACUGGACCGACCGUAGGGACUGAUUGGUUUGUUCAAGUAGCUUGUCUGGUCAGGACAACCUUGGCCUCCUUGCAAGCAUGUAGUCAUUCUGCGAGUUACUGACGUAUUAGUGACCAUUUGGAUUGUUUUUGAAAAUUCGUUCGGAGUGGUCGGGUUUCGUUAGUACCAUCCUUCUGACUGUUCCUGAUCGAGAGAGAAAAACAGUAGAGGAAAAUGAUGGAAAACUUCUAAGGGUCCUAGUUCCCAGCGUAGGUUUGUCUGAGUGGCAGGCUAGCUUUGCCCAACGUAGCGCUGUCUCAGAGUCUUGUCAUACUUUUUGGUCUAAUGAAAUGACCAGACAUUGUUUCCAUGUACAUUUGGACACGGACCAAAUAUUCGGAUUGUUGUUUCAAAGGCUUGUGCAUAUCUCCACGUGAUGAACCUUGAAUGUCACCCAUGGCCAUGGAAGUGGAAUUAUAUGAGCACGGAAAUAGGACUGUAACCCUGAAGAGUCUGACUGAUCAGGCUCAUGAUGACUGAUCGGUGACCACAUACGUUCACCGGAUUAUUAUGGUGCCUAUUUUGACACAUUUCAUUGUAUUUCACCUCAGUGAGCAUCACCUUUCGACUUUAAUCGAUAACUGCAGCGAACCUCUGGAUUUUUGGAGGUUUGCACAGUCUAGCUCAUAAACGAGCAGGAUAAGCCCGUAGCACUCCAACAGCAUGAGCUUGCCUGGAGACAGUGGGUGUCGU